UCUUGGGUCAGUUAUAAAAAGCAUUGAUGUCUCCGAAACGUAUCUGAAAAUACGCUCAGUUACUGCCUGGCAAGGCCUACAUUAAUCCGGUUAUUUCUGUACAAAUUGGGAGAAGUAAACCCUCGCAAUGCUGAGCACAGUUAGCCGGCAACUUAAAAGCCACCCAGCACUGAUCCCCCUUUUCAUCUUCAUCGGUGGUGGGACGGUUAUGUCUGGAGCGUAUCUCUUGCGCCUGGCAAUGGGACCCCAUGUCAGUUGGAAUCGCAAUGGCAACCCCGAGCCAUGGAACAAGACGGAACCCACACAGCAGCACAAGUUUUACUCAGUGAACAUGGACUACAGCAAGCUGAAGAAAGAGGGUCCUGACUUCUAAACUCUUCUGCUGGACCAAAGGCUUGAGGAAAAAAAUGACUUAUUCUGACACUGACUUCCCUUACACCUCUAACUUGAAACCAGUGGAUGCAAAGAGGCUAAACCGCACAACUUCUGUCCCCUUUGACCUUUUAACAGUCUUUUUCCCCCUCAUACCUCAUGGUUGUGCAGUAAUAAAGUGAAGGAGUCUUUUCUCCUGUGUACAGAGAA